AAGUAAAAGGGUACUUGAAUGGCUAGCUCAUGCAUAUAGGAAGACAUUUUAGGCUUAUUUCCUUCUUUCUCAUCUAGUAGGCACGUAGGCCGAAAACAGUCACUUUUUCACAUGCAGUUGACAGUAUUUAUCCAGUUGACAAUGUAUUUCAAGUCAUAGACGUUGAAACUGGGGAGCCACGGGGUGCUUUCCCACAUUUUGUAGAACCAGAGAUAAAGUCCAUCUUCGCUGUUCACAGAUGUGCCUCUUUCUGCCUUCGCCCCCUCGCCACCAUUUACAAUGCUUCGUACGUUUAUGUAACAAAUGCCGUUUCAUGGAAUAGGGGCAAUUCCCUUUGCCUCGUUAGGCGAUAUCAGUAAGGGUCCCCCUGUUGUUCUGCAACCACCAGCACAUCAAUACUUUGUGCAAUAACCUGUGUCAUGCCGGGGAACCAAAGCAACAAAUGUUUUUUAAAGCCUUUAGCAAUCAGAUUAAAUGCGUGUAUCAUCCGAGUUUGAUAUAUUCCAAAGAAACUAAAGCUAAAAGACACAAAUUGGCAGGUGAAAAAUUAGUGAAGACUUUUGAGAUGAAAGGCCGAAUAGAGUCUUGCUUAAAAUACUAUUGAUUUGGGUCCAAUGACAUACAAUGCCAACUCGCUGAUUACAUUUCCAUGCUUGAUUUGACCAGAUGUGAAUCAAUAUUUGUCAUACGAAACGCGUAGUGAGUUUUUGCCGAACGUUUCCCAGACUUGCAAAGCACAUAAACAAUAUUUCAGUAGAAGGAGAGAUAUCAUUUUGAUAAAUAGGACUGAGCUGCCAAAUGAAGUCUAAGAGGACCUAAAGAGCAUUACACAUAAUUGAAGAAAUAUCGUCAUGGAUAUUUAUCGCAUCGGGCAAAUCAUAAGCGUCACCAUGCUUCUGAUUCUUGCUAGGUAUAGAGCCCACUGCAAAGAUCUUACUGAAUUCGGCAUCGCUGGUAUAUUUGAUAUUUGCUCGGGAUCACAAUGCGACUCUUGUUCAGUUAAUUCUCAAACUGGAAUCCAUUUGCAAGAGGCGUAUCGCUUCGCUAUAAUGAAAGUAAACGAGAAGAACCUUCUCUACGGAUUCAAGUUAAAAGAAAGUACUGUCUAUACAAAAGACGAAGACUGGCUAUAUAAAUCGAUUCUUAUUACUUUUUUCUUAAACUCCUACCCUAUUAUCAGUGCCUUAGAGCAUCAUAACCCAUUUGUAGUUUCACUUUUCACUGAAUCCCUCAAAAUUCCUGUUAUCAGUCAUAGUGAAGACCCUCAUGCCAAACACCAAAUGGACUCAUACCAAUUUCAAAUCACGCCCAACGAGAAAUGCAGACUCUCGGCGGCUGUUGCCAUUGUGAAGCAGCUUAAGUGGGAUUACGUCAUAAUCAUCAGCUCAAGCGGUAGAAUUGGGAAUGAAAUCACGUCUCUGUUUGUGCAACAUCUUCUCAAGUUUGAUAUAUGCGAUGCAAAGAGUUAUCGUUUGCCUUUAAAUCCAAGCGGCACUGACUAUAUCGAGACGGUUAGGGGUGCCAAUGCAACGAAAGCCACAGGCCUUGUUUUAUUUACAAAUACAAGAGAUUCGAAAGGCAUCGCAUUUGGUCUGAGGGCCUUGUCCUUAAAAAACAGGUUCCAAAUCCUUGCGUUGUCUGGCUUUACCAAUUAUGUUGAGGUAACAAAAGGAAAUGAGGAGUUUCUUGAAGGAGCCAUUAGCAUUGAAUUUGCAACAAAAGAGAACCAAGAAUUUCGAAACUACUUUCUAUCUUUGAAAAGGAACACAUACACAGACAAGCCGUUCAGUUCCUUCUGGAGAACCACUUUCAAUUGUUCUGUUGGGGUGGAUGAAUGUGGACAGCUGCAUAACUGCUCAGGAGCAGAGAAACUUCGUGUUAAUGAAGGUUACUACCCAAAUACCCCUGUAAACUACGUUAUAAACUCAGUAUUUUCUUUCGCUUACGCAAUUAGAAAGUAUAUUGAAAAGAAAUGCAACAAUAAACCACCAUGCAAAAUCCCUUCCAUAAAAAAAUCAAAGGAGAGAAAACAAUUCUUUUUAUUCCUGAAUACCUUUCUAGCAAGUAAAGCUUUUGCGGACAAAACACUGAACAUCAGCGACCCAAUAACAAAUCUCAACCCAGCAGUCGUUAGUUAUAACAUACUCAACUACAUUCGAACUGAAUCUGGGUUUCAGAAUAAGAUACUUGGCAAUUGGACAUUUGAACGUGAGGGAAAGGCAAACCCAGCUUUUAACGCAUCACAUUUAGUACCUGGAGACCUGAUUCUUAACUCUGAAAUUAUCUGGACAAGAAUAAAGAAGCAAGCAGUUUCUUCUUGUCGACCUCAAUGUCGUGGGGGUGAGAAAUGGGAGCAGAACAUGAAAUUGGGACAGUGCUGCAGAAAAUGUACGAAAUGCAAGGAGAAUGACAUCGUUGUCAACGACAGUUGCAUGGAUUGUGGAAACGAUGGCAGACCAAAUAUUUUGAGAUUAGGUUGUGUUCCUCUUGAAGUGCAACAUUUUGGAAAUGACUCGUCGUCAAAACGAGCCAUUUUGGCAUACAUCGGGUUGUCAGCUAUUGGAGUCAUAGCAACACUGUUCGUUAUAUUUAUUUUCAUCAAGUUCAACGACAACAAACUCGUUAGAGCAUCAGGUCGUGAUUUGUCUUAUGUUAUUUUGUGUGGCAUCUGUGUUCUAUUUCUCUCACCAAUCGCAUUUCUGAUAGCCCCUUCAAGAGCCAUUUGUGUAUCAAGAGAUAUCAUACCAGGUAUCGCAUUCUGCAUGUGCUACUCGCCGCUGUUUCUUAAGACCAACCGAAUAUACAGAAUAUUUUGUAACGCCCAGACGUCAGUGGCUAGGCCGAAUUUGAUCAGUCCACAGUCACAGCUCUUUCUUCUUUUGAACAUCAUAGGAGUCCAAGUAUUGCUAGGAAUUGUAUGGAUGCUAGGGACAGCGAAGAAGAUCACUAAAGUUUACGACAAGCAGAACGGUGUCGUUACUCAUCAUUGCAGCAACAGGGCACUCUCUCUUGUUCUCAACAUGUUGCUGAGUGUCUUUUUCAUGUGCUGCUGCACGUGGUACGCGUUUAAAACGCGCAAUUUCCCGAAGAAUUACAACGAGUCAAAAUACAUUGCAUUCACAAUGUACCUCACUUUCCUUGCCUGGGCGGUGUUUCUACCGACGUAUUUCUCUGCUGAUGAGCUUAGCUAUGCGCAUGACCACUUGAUUUGUGCCACUUUGAUCGCCGCUGCCUUCGUUACCCUUCUCGGUCUGUUUGGUCAAAAAGUCCAGAUACUUGUUAUGCCUACGCGGGCUCAAAAAAAGAGGCAAGUUUCCGAUGUUUCAAAGCAAGAGGCUGAUCCUAACCGAUUUCAAAUGCAAUCUCAUAAACUAAACUCAAUGUCCUUGCAAAGAGGCACAGAGGCUAUGUACGGCCAGAGACGAUUCACUUCAGCAAGUCAAGAUGUAUAUUGACAUUGCGUUUUU